CCAAGUCAAGUUCAAAGUUUUAUAGCGAUAGUCAGUUUCUUGCAGAAUAUCAACAGAACAAGACGAACGAAAUAAGUGAAAAAUGAAACUGAAUUCAAUAUUCAAUCGAUUCAAUCUGAGGAGUGGUGAAAAUUAUGCCGUCGAAGAUCCACAAAAUAGGAAAAAACCGAAACGGUCUUUCAUCGAAAAUACAGUGUCGGAAUAUAUGCAGAAGAGCACCAUUCAUGGUGUUUCGUACGUUGUGGACGAUGAACGGCACAAAUUUGAAAGGGUUUGGUGGUUCAUUAUGUUAGUCUUUUCGAUCUUUGGUGCCAUUUAUUUGAUCUAUCAAGCGUACAAAACAAUGCACGAAAAUCCGAUAAUCGAAAGUCCUGCACUGAAUCCAGUCCCGGUGUGGGACGCACCGUUUCCAGCUGUUACAUUUUGCCCCCAAGUCAGCGACGAAUUCACUCCGUUCGGAUUGAACGAAACUAAUUGGCCGGAAUAUGCGCAGGGCUUUGUGCCAGAAAAUUUAACUGAGCUGUCGGAAUCACCACCAUUUUCCAGUUCAAUUUUUCUGGAGAGUUUGUUGUUGCAGCAAAGCCAUCAGGACAAUCACAACAUUUUGAGCAAAAUCUUGCCAGAAAUCAAUGUUACGAGCUCUCAUUGGAUAGCAGCUCCCGUAAAAGUGCCUGUGACACUGGGAAAGACAAUAACAGACAUUGGUGCUUGUGUAACAUUUAAUAUGUAUAACGAGAAGGCCUUGAUCAGAGACGGCGUAAUUUUGAGUACACUCAAAGACGACAAAGACGACCAGGAACCCUUAUGGAGUCGCGAUUCUGGCUUCAAGAAAGGACUGCCGCUGGAGAACUACACAUAUCCGUUUCGGUCGUUCAACUAUUACGAUUUCUUUCACAUGUCCUUCAACGUUAAUCAUUCCGAUCGAAUCAGCCCGUUCAACUCUAAACUUUCAGUCUUCUUUCACGCACCCGACGAGUUUCCCGUCCAUCAUCGCCGUUCGACUGUUGUCGACAUUGAAAGCGACAAAAUCAACAACAUCGAAAUAACGCCACAUUUGGUCGUAUCGGAAGGGCUUGAGAAAUAUAGGCCAGAUGUGCGACAAUGUUAUUACACCCAAGAACGACAUUUGAAAUUUUACAAAGUUUACACCCAGAACCAUUGUGAAUGGGAGUGCCUCACCAAUUACACUCUAAAACAAUGUGGAUGCGUUACAUAUCAUAUGCCACAUUUUGGCGACACCCAAAUUUGUGGAGCCGAUUUGAAAUGUUACUGGGAAUCAUCGCGCAAACUUUUCAUACCCGUAUUCAAUGACGAAGACGAUGACAUCCAUGCUCUGAUCGACGACUGUGAUUGCCUGCCGACCUGCACUCAAUUGUCGUAUGCUAUUCAAGUGACGCCGCUGUCGAAUGUGGAUGCAACAGCCGGUGAAACGCCAAUCUAUGUCAGCUACAAAAAUCCAUUUUUCAAAAAAGACAUCCGUUCUGAGUUGCACAGUCUAAGCGAAUUCUUUUCGAACUGUGGCGGUUCGCUGGGAUUAUUCCUUGGUGUGUCGAUCUUCAGCAUAAUUGAAUUGUUAUACUUCUGUACGGUUCGAUUGUAUUUGCAUAGAAAACGGUCAGAUCGGGAAAAGAGUCCCGAGCCGGCUAAUGAAUAAGUAAGAAAUUGAGCAAGAAAUAAAAAUGCUUGAAAUUAU